AUGGACAGGCUGUGGGCAGUGACCAUUGUGCUUGUGCUUGCUCUGGCACUUGCUCCUGCAAGAGCCAGGAAUGCGCCUGGCCACCGUGUUACCACGGCUGGUACCACCACCACCACAGUGCUGACCAGUGGUGGAGCUACUGCUGGUGCUGUUGGUGCAGGCCUUGGAGACAAGAAGAACAUACCCUUCUUAGGAAUCGGUGGCAUGCCUGGCGGCUUGCCGAGCUUCGGAAACAUGGGUAGUUUUGGAGGCUCAUCGGGACUAGGCGGGCUUGGAGGAGGCUUCGGUGGGCUCGGUGGUCUUGGUGGUGGCUCUGGUGGUGGCUUCGGCGGUGGUGGCGGAGGCAUCCUCCCAUGA